AUGUUUAGCGUCCACUACAACCACUCCCUUGCUGCCAUGAGCGGAAACGACAUGAUGGCGCACUCUCUGACUCUGGAGCAGAAGACAGCGUUUGCCUUCGUGGGGAUGCUCCUGGUGUUCCUGGGGCUGCUGAUAGUAAGGUGUUUCAGGAUCCUGCUGGACCCCUACAGCAGUAUGCCCUCCUCCAACUGGGCUGAUGGCAUUGAGGGGCUGGAGAAAGGGACGUUUGAGUACGCCCUUACUUAACACAGGGACACACACAUCCAUAGAUGUCCUCGCGAAUAGAAAACGCCUAU